AAAGUAAGGUACCGUAACACGGGCGCUCUCUCACACCAAAAUCCAGCCAACCACAAGCUGCCCCCCACGCUUCUCUCCUCUCCACACAACAGCCCGAGCCGUCUUCUCUCUCUCUCUCUCCCAACACACCGCUUUCUUUUCCACUCUUUCUUAAACCUCCCCUUUCCUCUACAACCACGACGACUACUGUCUUCCUCCAUCCUGACCUCUGCUCGACAUAUCCUCCUGCUCUGUGUUCCGUAUAAUUCAUUCCCUCAGUCGCCAAAAUGCGUGAGAUUGUCCACCUCCAAACCGGCCAAUGCGGUAACCAAAUCGGUGCUGCUUUCUGGCAGCAAAUUUCUGGCGAGCACGGUCUCGAUGGUAGUGGCGUUUACCAAGGAACCUCUGACCUUCAACUCGAGAGAAUGAGGGUUUACUUCAACGAGGGUUCGGGCAACAAGUACGUCCCUCGUGCCGUUCUUGUCGAUUUGGAGCCCGGUACCAUGGACGCUGUCCGUGCUGGUCCCUUCGGUCAGCUCUUCCGACCCGACAACAUCGUCUUCGGUCAGUCUGGUGCUGGCAACAACUGGGCCAAGGGUCACUACACUGAAGGUGCUGAGCUCGUCGACAACGUUCUUGAUGUUGUCCGUCGUGAGGCUGAGGGCUGUGACUGCCUCCAGGGUUUCCAGAUCACCCACUCUCUCGGUGGUGGUACCGGUGCUGGUAUGGGUACUCUGUUGAUCUCCAAGAUUCGCGAGGAGUUCCCCGACCGCAUGAUGGCUACUUUCUCCGUUAUGCCUUCCCCCAAGGUAUCAGACACCGUUGUCGAACCUUACAAUGCUACUCUCUCAGUCCACCAGCUGGUCGAGAAUUCUGACGAGACCUUCUGUAUCGAUAACGAGGCUCUCUACGAUAUCUGCAUGCGCACCUUGAAGCUAUCCAACCCUUCAUACGGUGACUUGAACCACCUCGUUUCCGCUGUCAUGUCUGGUGUAACCACCUGCCUCCGUUUCCCUGGACAGCUUAACUCUGAUUUGCGCAAGUUGGCCGUCAACAUGGUGCCCUUCCCUCGUCUACACUUCUUCAUGGUCGGCUUCGCUCCUCUGACCAGCCGUGGUGCCCACUCUUUCCGUGCUGUGACGGUUCCCGAGUUGACCCAGCAAAUGUUCGACCCUAAGAACAUGAUGGCCGCUGCUGAUUUCCGUAACGGCCGCUACCUCACAUGCUCUGCCAUCUUCCGUGGCAAGGUUUCCAUGAAGGAGGUUGAGGACCAGAUGCGCAAUGUUCAGAACAAGAACUCCACAUACUUCGUCGAGUGGAUCCCCAACAACGUCCAGACCGCUCUCUGCUCUAUUCCUCCUCGUGGCCUCAAGAUGUCGUCUACCUUCGUCGGUAACUCGACUGCUAUCCAGGAGCUGUUCCGACGUGUUGGGGAGCAAUUCUCUGCCAUGUUCCGACGCAAGGCUUUCUUGCAUUGGUACACUGGCGAGGGUAUGGACGAGAUGGAGUUCACUGAGGCUGAGUCCAACAUGAACGACUUGGUUAGUGAGUACCAGCAGUAUCAGGAUGCUACUGCUGAUGAUGGGGAGGAGUACGACGAGGAGGAGGUCCCCAUGGGGGAUGAGGAAUAAAUGCACCCUUCGGAUACCCCUAUUUGCACGAAUGACAACGCUUGAAUGCCUAGGCAUCGGGUUGAAACAACCCAAGCUUUGUAGCAUAUUCUGGUGAAUUGCCAUUUUGUCCUAUUCCCAGAUCUCUUUCUGUGUUACCUGGAAACCAGUGCUCGUCAUGUAAUGAAAUUAUUGAACUGUGACGGUGGGUGCGCUCCAGGGUUCGUUAGAUAUACCUCUUUGGUGUUUGUCGUCUGGAGCAAAAAAAGGGAGAGCGAUUAUUCAUUGCCUGUAGUGACAAGAAACUCAAUAAAUUUCUUGUACCAAUAUUAAUUAUCAGUAUGAAGUUCACCGUCGGGCUCGUCGGCCUGAAUGAGAGAUCACCUCAACUAUUCAUUCGUGCCUCAGGGAUAGCACUUGAAUUGUCGGUGCGAAUUACUUUCAUGAUGGCCAAUGCCGCCUUUUGCUUGAAGUACUGACUAAUAUUAAAGCCUUUCGGCUGCCUAAAUUUAUCUUUCGGAUGAAGCCUGUGUGAAAAAGGCGGAUAUCCGCGCUCUUUAGUAUUUACAUUGCGUAUUGGCAUCGUAUAUAUGAGUUGUGUAUGUACCUAAUUUCCUAUAGUUGCUUUUUCAUAUUGCGCGUAAUUUCUUAAUCUUGG